AGAAUCCUUCGAGCUACACAGCUGAGGUACAUGCAUAUGAAUAUCAAUCCUUGAACCACGUUUAGCACAGUCGAGUUCAAACAGAUAUCCUUCAGUAGCAGUUAGCAAUAUGGCACCGAACGGAGAGUGUUUGCCUAGUUCAUUCUCUAGAAACAGCAACAUGUGCAAGCCUCCAAGGCUUCCAUCUGAUCACAUUCAAAGAACGAUCUCAGACAUCUCGUUUGAGCUAACGAAGGAAGGGAUUGAUCUGUCACUGGCACCUAUAACUGAGGUUAUGGAUGCCAAGUGUGAGUGCUGUGGAAUGUGCGAGGAGUUCACUCCAGAGUACAUAGAGCGUGUGCGUGAGAAGUUUUUGGGGAAGUGGGUGUGUGGUUUGUGUGGUGAGGCAGUGAAGGAAGAGCUUGAGAAAAAUGGUGGGAAGAAGGAAGAGGCAUUGAGUUCACACAUGAAUGCAUGUGUGAGGUUCAACAAAUAUGGAAGGGCUUUUCCAGUUCUGUUCCAAGCUGAGGCCAUGAAAGAGAUGCUGAAAAAGAACAAAAUGGAAGGCAGAAGAAGGGCUAAGUCCUUCAACCCAAGGGAGACAGGAGGACAAAACAAAGGAGGGAUUGCUAGAAGUUCAAGCUGCAUUCCAGCAAUCACAAGAGAGAUCAAUGGUCUCACAAUGGCCAAUUAGUUCCUAAUAACCCCUUAUUAGUACUAUUCUAAACAUUCAGUGUUCAUUACUAUAUUCCUAUCUGUCUGAAGGGAACAUGGUUUUGUAUCUGUCAUUGUUUUUUCUACUGACUAGUGACUGUUCCAAGUUCUGGGGGAAGAACAUGGCCCUAUGUUUUGAUGCAGAAGAUUGAAGGCCAAGUUGUCUUGUUUUGUGUCCAAGGUUUUUUGGGUAACCUCUCACAGCAUUCUGGUUUUUGGAAGCAGGUUCUUCUCACUUGACUUCUUGUCUGUGUUUUUUUUUCAGCUGUGAGGUUGUGCCUGGUUUUUGGUCAUUGGCUUUUCUUGUUUGAAUCAUUCAGUCUAAUGUAUUCCACUGUUUUCAGGAUCGUUUAUGAAUAAAAUUUACUUGAUGAAUUAA